AUGGCCAAAUAUGGCUUUAAAUGGUGGCAUUUUUUCAAUCGACAAAAAUUAAUCAAACCGAAGGAUAGAAACCAUCGUGAACAAGAAUGUCGUGAUAAUUUGGUUGAAUCCUUUGUAGAGCAUCAUUUAACGGUUGAACAAAUUAAAGAUAUUUAUAUCGAUUCAAAUAUUCAUUCCGAAUAUCCGGAACAAAGUGAUGGAUUAAGUUCGAUUGAAGCACGCAAACGUUUACGAGAUGGUGGCGCUAAUUUCAUCGAAUGUCCACGUAAAAUCAGUAACGUAAAAUUAUUUUUACGUCAGUUUUUAUAUCGAUUAUGGCUAUUACUUCUUUGUGCUGCAAUGCUUAGCUUAGCAACAUAUAUAAUCCAUUUGAUGCAUGGUAAUAAUGAACCUAUUAAUCUCUAUUGUACAUUAAUUCUUGUUUUAAUCGUUAUUCUCAUGUGUUUUGUUACAUUUUAUCAAGAAAAACAAACACUUCAAGUGACAAAUGAUUUGAAAGCAGUUCUUCCAACAUCUUGCAUUGUUAUCCGAGAUUGUAAGAAGCAACAGGUACCAGAAGAGGAAUUGGUUACCGGUGAUUUAGUUGUAAUAACUGCUGGCGCUAUUAUACCCGCUGACAUGCGCAUUUUGCAAUCAAAUGGUUUGAAGAUUGAAACUUCAGCUAUAACAGGUGAUAAGGAAGCUUACGAUUAUACACAUGAAGCUGUGGCAACAUAUCCAUCAGUAUUUGAUGCAAGAAAUGUAGCAUUUAAAGGAUCAUUUUGUCUUGAAGGUGAUGGAAUAGGAAUUGUUGUACGAACUGGAAAAUAUACGGUUCUUGGCUAUAUUAUAAACAUUCGUCAACAAGUUAACAAAACACGAAGCAAGUUAAAAAUGGAAAUUGAUGAAUUUGUCAAUUUUAUAUCAGUCUUAGCUUUGAUUAUGGCAUCAGUAUUUUUUAUGUUUGGUAGUAUCAUAAAUAAUUUUCAAAACGUUUUGGAUCAUUUUAUCAUUGGUUUCUUGAUUAUCAUCGUGGCAAACGUACCACAAGGUUUACCGGCAAUGGUUAUUUCACAAUUAGCUAUUAUCGGUAGACGGUUAGCUAGUAAGAAUGUUUAUAUUAAAAAAUUGGAUAUUAUUGAUGAGCUUGGUGCUACAACUGUGGUUGCAACUGAUAAAACUGGAACCCUAACACAAAAUGUGAUGGUACUCACUGAUUUAUGGUACAAUCGAAAGUAUCAACAACCAAGUCGUAACUACAUGGACAAUCAAUCUGUUCUUGAUUCGAGUAAUUGUUCAAAACCGGUAUGUGAGCAACCGCUAUCCGAUAUGUUUGUCGUAAUGAGUGUUUGUAAUAGGGCGCAUUUCGAAUGUAUCCAUAAGUCAAAACAUUUGGCCUCGGAGAAAGAAGCCCCGACGAAGGUUUCAGCAGAGAUGCUAAAUAUGGGCCAAGUCAACAAGCGAUUUACUGUCCUAAAUUCUGUUACUGGAAAGCCAAGAAUGGUAUUUGCGAUGCAGAACAAUGCAAUAGAAACAAAAGAUGUUUGCAAGACUGACGAUAUCCAGGAAACUAGUAAAGUUCAGUGUCAAGAUGGAGAUAUAUUUGAACAUAAUCAUAUAUAUGGUUCGCCGUCAGAUGUUGCAUUACUUCGUUAUGUGGAAAUGUUUUCAUCAGUGGAGAAAAUUCGAAUGAAUUAUAUUACAACUCUUGAUAUGCCAUUUAAUGCAGUACGUCGAUAUCAUUUGGUGAUAGCACGUGAUAUUGCGGAAUUAUCAGAAAUGGGAAAAAGUGAGCAAACAGUAAAUCAAUCAAAUGAUAGCGGUGGUGUUUUUUUAAUGAUGAUUAAAGGUGCACCAGAAGUUGUCCUAAAAUAUUGCAAUUACUUGCAAGUUGAUAACAAAUGUUUACCAAUUAAUCGGGAACUUCGUCAAGAGUGCCAGACUGCUUGGGAAUAUUUUGGAAAUGAAGGAAAACGAGUAUUUGCGUUUGCUAUAAAACGUUUUUUUAUCAGUGAUAUAAAUACUAAAUUUACAUCUUCUGAUAUAGUACUGGAGAAUUUGACAUUUUUAGGAAUGGCAGCAUUAAUUGAUCCACCACGUGAUGACGCAGCAAAUGCAAUAAAGCAAUGUAAGGAAGCUGGCAUCAAAGUUUAUAUGAUUACAGGUGAUCAUCCAACAACAGCAGUAGCAGUAGCACGAAAAAUUGGACUUAUUGGUACCGAUGAUGAAAUGCUCGAAUCAAGCGGUCGUGAUCAUUUAAAAAUAAGUGUAAUUGAUGACAAGCAAAGAAACUGGAGAAUUGCAAUAGGUGAUGAUCUGGAUCGUUUGGAUGAAUCUGGUUGGAAUGAAUUGCUCAAAAAGAAAUAUAUCGUUUUUGCAAGGAUAAAUCCACAUCAAAAAUUUCGAAUUAUUAAAGAAUGUCAAAAACGUGGUGAAAUAGUAGCUGUUACCGGUCAAGGUGUUAGUGAUACACAAGCUCUUGCAUGCGCUAAUAUUGGUAUCGCUAUGGGUAUUGCAGGUAGUGAUAUGGCAAAGCAAGCAGCGGAUAUAAUUCUGACAGAUGAUAAUUUUGCUUCAAUUGUCAAAGGAAUUGAAGAAGGGCGUUUGUUAUUUGACAAUUUGCGCCUAUCGAUUGCUUAUACAUUAGCUCAUCUUUGGCCGGAAAUAUUUCCAGUUGUCUUACAAUUUACGCUUGGCUUACCAUUAGGAUUAUCAGCCUUACAGAUUUUAAGUAUUGAUUUGGCAAGUGAAUUACCACCAUCGAUCUCGUUAGCAUAUCAAUCACCGGUAAGUGAUAUAAUGCGAAUUCCACCACGGCAUUGUAAUGAUCGCCUCGUAUCUCGACCUCUUCUUAUUUAUUCAUAUGCUUUUAUUGGUACAAUAAUUACGGUGGGAUGUAUUGUCUCUUUUCUUUUUGUUUAUCGGUAUCAUAAUAUUGAAUUGAUUGAUUUACUUUUCACUGCUGAUAAUUAUUGGUGUCGAGAAGCGGAAAAUUUUACAAUUAAUGGCGGAAAUGUAUUAACAGCGUCGGAGCAAAUGUAUAUCAAAGGUCAAGCAGCAGCAGCAUGGCAGAUUACUUUAGUAGUUUCUCAGGUUUUUCACUUAUAUAUGUGUACAACACGUGGAACAUCAUUUUUUCGCCAUGCAACAACAAAUUUAGUUUCAAUCUUUGCAGUUAUUAUUGAAAUUUUAUCGCUCAAUUUAUUCAUUUAUACACCAUUUGCACAGUCUUUCAUGGAAACUCAAUCACCACCAAAUGAGCAAAAUUAUUUGCUCUACAACGAUGUCUAA